UUCAGCGCGCGCUGCCUUUCCCCUCUCCGACCCCUGUUGUGCCUGCGCGCGCGUUCUCGCCGUGCCUGCUGGGCUGCCUGUGGCCGGAGCUUUUCACCCGGGAGGAGGAGGUGAGAGUCGGUGUGAGACAGAGCGGCGGGACUGACUGGGAUUUACUCGCCGGAACGUGACUGGAAUAGGGAGGAGAGACAAGGGGACACGGGGCUGUGACAGGCCGGACUGAGGGACACACCUCCCCGGGGUCCCGACACUGAGGAGCCGCUAUCUGUACACACGGGGGUGGGAUCCUAUCCACCAACCCCACGGCCCCCGGGCAUCAUGAGCUGGGGCACGGAACUAUGGGAUCAGUUUGACAACUUAGAAAAACACACACAGUGGGGAAUAGAAGUGCUGGAAAAAUACAUCAAGUUUGUGAAGGAGAGAGCAGAGAUUGAAAGCAACUAUGCAAAACAGCUGCGGAAUCUUUCCAAAAAAUACCAAACCAAGAAGAACUCCAAAGAAGAGGAAGAAUCAAAAUACACAUCGUGCAAAGCCUUCCAAACCACACUGAAUGAAAUGAACGACUACGCCGGGCAGCAUGAGGUCAUUUCAGAGAACGCCGCGUCCCUAAUAACGGUGGAACUAACGCGGUUCGUGCAGGAGCUGAAACAGGAGAGGAAACAGCACUUCCAUGAAGGUCGCAAAGCACAGCAACAGAUCGAGACAUGCUGGAAACAGCUGGAAGCAAGUAAAAGAAGGUUCGAACGGGACUGCAAGGAGGCUGAACGAGCACAGCAACACUUUGAGAAAAUGGACGCCGACAUUAACGUGACAAAAGCCGAUGUUGAAAAGGCUCGGCAGCAAGCCCAGAUACGGCACCAGAUGUCUGACGACAGCAAAGGAGACUACUCCUCGGUGCUACAGAAGUUUAAUCGUGAGCAGCACGAGCACUACUUCACGCACAUACCUGGCAUAUUUCAGAAACUUCAAGAUAUGGAGGAGAAGAGGAUAGGAAGAAUGGGAGAAUCCCUGAAAACGUAUGCAGACAUCGACCGACAAGUGGUCCCGAUCAUCGGAAAGUGUCUCGACGGAAUAACGAAAUCUGCGGAAUCCAUCAGCGAGAAGCAAGACUCCCAGAUGGUCGUAGAAUCCUUUAAAUCUGGGUUUGAGCCUCCGGGAGACAUUGACUUUGAAGAUUUUACGCAGAACAUGAAGCGCACAGUGUCUGACACAAGCCUGACAAAGGCCGACAGCAAGUCAGACCCCAAGGUUCCCAGUAAAUCCCGCAACAAACUCUGGCCUUUCAUCAAGAAAAACAAGCCGGCUGUUUAUACAACUCGCUAUAAACAUGCCACGUUCCUGGGCUUUCAUUUCUCAAACUUGGCAUCUGGAAAGUGGCUUAUGUCCCUCCUAACAUCCCCUCAUCAGCCCCCUCCUCCUCCACCUGCCUCUUCCUCUCCCUCUGCUGUUCCCAAUGGCCCCCACUCUCCCAAGCAGCAAAAGGAACCCCUCUCCCACCGCUUCAACGACUUCAUGACUUCCAAACCCAAAAUGCACUGCUUCCGAAGCCUAAAGCGAGGGCAGACACAGUCAGACACAGUGUGUUGUGCUGACAAAGGGAUGAUGAAGAGGACUAUAGGGAAGCCCACGUGUGCCUUUGAGGCUAGGGAAUAUUUUCUUUCUCUGAAGCUGUGUUUCGGUUCCCGGCAGGGCUCAACCCCCGAGGACUUCAGCAACCUCCCUCCGGAGCAGAGGAGAAAGAAGCUGCAGCAGAAGGUGGACGAACUAAACAAAGACAUCCAGAAAGAAAUUGAUCAGAGAGACGCCUUAACCAAGAUGAGAGACGUGUAUACGAAGAAUCCGCAGAUGGGAGACGCAGCCAGCGUGGGGCAGAAGUUGGUGGAAAUUGGAAAUAACAUAGAGAAAUUGCGAGUGGAAGUCCAGAAGUUUGAGGGCUGGCUAGCAGAGGUGGAGGGCAGGCUUUCAGCACGAAAUGAUAGCUCACGCCGACAGAGUGGAUUAUAUGACACUCAGAACACACAGACGGUCAACAACUGUGCACAGGAUCGAGAGAGCCCAGAUGGCAGUUACACGGAAGAUCACAGCCAGGAGCCAGAAGUGAAGGUGACGCCUACCGAAUUUGAUGAUGAUUUUGACGAUGAGGAGCCUCUGCCAACAAUUGGGACGUGUAAAGCUAUAUACCCAUUUGAUGGGGAAAAUGAAGGAACAAUAUCCGUGACAGAAGGAGAAAUACUCAAAGUGAUCGAGGAGGACAAAGGAGAUGGCUGGACACGGAUCCGUAGGAGCGAGGAGGAUGAGGGUUAUGUGCCAACAUCCUACAUUGAAGUUUAUUUGGACAGAAAUGCCAAAGAUUCCUAAAGGUGUGCCGGGAGCAAGGACUCUGGGGCGAGCUUGUAACAGGAGGAGAAACACCCAGGCAGACGCACACAAACCCCAAUCCGCCGGACCGUUCCAACAGGAGUUAAACACACACACACACACUGAUUAUUUCUAAUAAAACUUCAAAAAAAGCUUAGGCUCAAUUAACAGCACAUUUCCGGCCUCUCGCCCGCCGCUGCUUUCGUUCAUGGCACUUGCAGUUUUUUGAUUUUUUUCCACAUGCAGCACAUGACAUGGAACCCAUAACCAAUCAACUUGGGGUGAUGAAGCUGCUUCCAGAAUGUUAUAGAUAUAUACUCAGGUCUAUAUUUUAUAUAUUAGUGCCCUAUGUUAUCCCUUCUCAUACAGUUUAAUCGCAGAAUAUGGCUGCUUCCGUUGUAGCCCACACAUCUGGUUUUAGGCAUUUUCACUAAAAUCAGAUGGUCGCAGCUUUGUGCGUGAACAGGCAAUGGUGGCGAGAGACGAGUUAAUUAAUUUUUUAAUUAAUUUAAUUUUUUUCUGUGUGUGUGUGUGUAGUUGCCCUUUAAUUUUCACCAUAGUCUUUAUUGUACACAAACAAACCGGCGCUCCACUAACUGUUGCACUCUGUGGUCCUAACAGGCAGCUUCUUAGCGUCCCAUGGGGCUUUGCAGUCAUUUCAGCACAUUGGCCUUACGUCCCUGUCCUAAAGAAUAUCUUGCAAUAUUAAAGGGGCACUAUUGCUUUUUUAUUUAAACACUGUAAGUUGUAGCCAUCAUUUAACAUAAACAGGAAGUAUUUAAGUAUAUUAAAAUGCUCUUAUUCUGAUUAAAAACUGUAUUUUUCAUGCUUGCAAGGUCUCUCUUGUUUGCAUUCUCCAGCCAUAGACUCCUUAGGGUCAGAAGCUGACCUUAAUUCUCCCAGCCUACAGGGUGGUAUCUCUACUAACGUGCAUCUAGUAGUGGACCAACCAUGCCACUUAUUAUUGAUUUUAAUGGAAAUAGCCUGCUAGUUGUUUUUGAACUGAGAACCACCUGUACCAGCUGUGUCCAUUAAAAGCAAUGGGAAGCGGUAUAGGCAAUUUUGGGUGUGAUACUACAUGUUCCACGUAGAGGCAGAAUGUAGAAUACAUUCAUAGAUCCGAAAAUGGUCAUAGUGUCCCUUUAAAUCACAAGGGACGGUUUAAAAACAAUAACUCUCAGUAUGUUUUAGACUAACUGUCGCCUUGCAGCUGCUUUUAUACCGGUCACGGACCUCUAUUUUCAUAAUAUACAAGUUUGAGUGAUGUGACAUGAGGAAUAUCACUGUGCACCAUUGUUCUGCUGUCUACAGCAUAUUGAGAGUUUAUUUCAUAUGCCCCAUUGUUCUGCUGUCUACAGCAUAUUGAGAGUCUAUUUCGUAUGCCCCAUGCCAUGUUUCCACAAUGACAGAGGCUUCUGCUGCCAUAUCUAUCCAAUCACCCUCUUAGACAUCUCUGGUUGAGGAACCUCAAUGCUUCAUUUUUAUUUUGCUUCUCCCUUUUUUUUAAAGCCAUUUUCCAUCUCUCCUUUCCCUUCUGUACUAUGUGGCCCUAUCUUGGGGUCCUCCUCACGCUUCUGCCUAUUGGUUUGUCACUCGCUGUCUGUUGGACCUGUCACAUCUGGUCACUCUCUUUUUCUGCCUGCAUGCUCGCCCUGUCUCCUUGCCUCUGCUCACCUGAAGGGUCACUCUAAAUUAUUGUUUGGGUUUCUGACCUUAUUGCUGCAUGAAAGCUAAAAUCGACAACCAUCCUUUAAUAGAUACUACUAAGUCACAGGGUUGGGGCAAUGGUGGUGGCUAGUGGAGUAGACCUUCUGCUGGGGAAUCAAGAGCCAUGAUGUCCCCCUCAGAAGGCCAUCACUUGCCUAAAUACUUCACAGAAGACUUCCAGAACCUGCUGUUGACCAUUGAAGACCUGAUGGAGCCACCACCCAACUAAAGACCAGCUAUUGACUUUUUUAAUGGUGGUUUAUAUGAAGUUAAGCCUCCCAGGACAUACGUCCGAUAAUGAUGCAAGCCAACCCAACAUAGGAGUCCUCAUCAACUGAGCAUCAAUAGGAAAGGACGUUUAUAUUCCAUCCAACACAAGAAGCUGUGAGUGUCCCAAGUUCUUUUUGUCUUGUUGACAUUUAUACCUCCCCCCGGGUUCAGGGGAAAUCGUAUGUUCUUCUUGUGUCCGUUCUACAUCUGUUUGUGGGCUAAAGGAUCCCGAGACCUUGUCCCGUACGGGAACCUUCUGUUUUCAAAGGAGUAUCCAGUGUUGUGUAUUUACGUGGUUAAACAAGCGACUUACCUAACGCUUCUUGUACUUAUCUAGUUUAGGUGGACAGUAUAUUAUUGUCAGUACUGAUGGCACAUCUGAGCAUCACUUUGCUUUCGCCAUGUUAUCAAACCUAAAGAGUAGAGGCAAUCGGAGGAGGAAAGUAAUUCAUGUUUACAAACUGCCUGUAGUGAGAAAGAUUAGAACCUUUCCCAGCGCUAGUAGAACAGUCCAUAUGCCACUCAUACAGCCCUGCAGUAACCCCCUGCUAUGGUUUUUACGCUGUUACCCCAAAAACGGGCUGUAAAUAAACUGUAUGGAAAGAUAUUCGCUUGCCAAAGCUCUUACAAGAGGUAUUUUUCCAAACUGAUAAAAACUAAGUUUUUAUGCACUGUUGUUAUUUUUUUUUAACUUUUCACAGCCCAGUCCCUUUCCUACAAUUCUCCUCUCGCGUCAAAUAGUUAUAAGGUUUAAAAAAAAAUUAAACUGCCAAAUUGUACAUAAUUCUAUUUUAAACUAAAAUAUAUUAAGCACCUUUCUCCCUGUUUUCCUUUGUUUUGUGCUUGUUUUUAAUCACUCGUGUAUUGAAAGAGAAAUCUCUGUGCAGUUCAGUUGCCUAGUGUGGGCAGGAGUCUUGCCCUGUGGUCGGCAAAGGUCUCUUCACCCUAAUAACUAGAAAGGAUUUAAGCUCUUUAAAAAAAGAACCGUAGCAGUAGGCUUGUGUUCUAGGUCUCCCUUCUGAAGGCAUUUAGAAGAGAACAGCUGCUUUCUAGGUAGGCCUCUAAGGGUAGAUGCACCUGGAACAGUAGAGCUAUGUUGUUGUAGAUCCCCCUUCUGAGAGUAAAGGCAUCUAGAACAGGAGACUUGUGUUCUAGGUAGCCUUCUGAAGUAGUGAUGAGCGGGUCAGAAACUGUUCAACCCUAACCUGCUACUUCAACACACGACACCCAACCCAGUGUGAAGUCCUCUUCUACUUUUAUAACUUGUACCCAAACCCCCCUCUGAUGACCAAAGGGGCAGGUACCUGCUUGAACUUUGACCCACCACCCAAACCUGCACCUGGAGCUCACAUACUUGGCCAACCUGCAGGUUUAGGGUCCACCUGCUCAUCAUUAUUCUGAAGGCAAAUGCACCUGGAACAGUAGAAUUGUGUCUUAGGCCCGUUCCAAGGGUACAUGCAUCUAGAACUAAAAACUUCUGUUCUUGUAGUUGUCUACUGAAGGCAGGUAUGUCAAACAGUAGAAUUGGGUUCUAGGUCUUUCUAACAUUGGAUGGGUUGUAUAAGAGUCUGAACACAGAGAAGCUUUGAGGACCCAUUGCCAUAAGCAUGAUACAAUAUGCCAUUCAGUUCUGAGAACUGCUAUACUGCUAGAAAUAAACUAAUAUUACAAAAUUC